AGACUCCAUGCUAGUUGGCUACGAAAUGCCGGUCUCUUCUACAUGUUGCUGGCACAAGUGUUUGGAGUCAUGAUGAAUGUCACGACCCGACUACUGGAAAUCGAAGGCAACAAGGGCAAAGGACUUCACCCAUUCCAAAUCCUAUUCGCCCGCAUGUCUAUCACCGUAGUACUGUCUUCUCUGUACAUGUGGUAUACAAAGACACCACACUUUCCUCUAGGCCAUCGAGAAGUCAGAUGGCUUCUCGUAGCAAGAGGACUGGGCGGGUUUUGGGGAGUGUUUGGAAUGUACUACUCGCUCAUAUACCUGCCUCUUGCAGAUGCAACAGUCAUCACUUUUCUUGCACCUAGUCUUACAUGUUGGGUCUGUUCCAUCUUGCUCAAAGAGAAAUUCACCAAGAUCGACAAGAUAGGUAGUCUUGUGUCCUUGGUGGGUGUCGUUUUCAUCGCCAGGCCAACGUCGCUAUUCUUCUCUUCUACGGAAGCGCCACCUGCCAGCGGAAACACCGAGGUGGUUGGAUCUAACAGCACAGUAGUCAUUCCGGACGCAUCGAACUACGACAGUGUCACACCGGCGGAGCGACUGGCAGCUGUUGGCAUCGCGCUGGUAGGGGUUGGCGGUUCGGUGAUAGCCUACACGACGAUUCGUUGGAUUGGAAAGAGAGCGCAUCCACUGAUCAGUGUCAACUACUUCGCUACAUGGUGUACCAUCGUCAGCAUCGUUGCUCAAUUGACGCUUCCCGGUAUCGGCUUCCUCCUCCCUGCUGAUGCAAAGGAAUGGGGCUAUCUGUUGUUUCUUGGAACGUGUGGAUUCAUAAUGCAAUUUCUUCUAGCAGCAGGACUGAGUUAUGAAAAAUCAUCACGAGCGACCAACAUGGCAUACACAUCGAUGCUCUUUGCACUAGGGUUUGAUAGAUUCAUCUUUGGCCAGACACCAGGAGUUUGGUCGAUAAUUGGGUCAACGCUGAUUCUUGGGUCGGCAAUCUACAUGGCGAUGCAGAAGGAUAAAGGAAGCGCUCGCACGGACGAGACUAGAGCGGGAACAGGAGCAGGACAGAAUAGAGAUGAGGAGGAAGGAUUGAUGAGAGGGGUAGACGAAGGAGAUGAGGAA